CGAUGAGUGUUUGAUUUGUGCCGAUUCGCAGCUUCCCUAUGGAGCUACUUACUAGAAAUCUGGAUUUUUAGCAGUAGAUAAUUAAAAAUGAAUUUAUUGUUAAUAAUUUGUUUGUUUUGUGCUAGUAGUUGUGUUGUAGGUACAAAAAAUGCCUCAAAUAACCGCAAACUCAACGAAGACGACUACUAUUUAAACUACGAUUACGAAAUCGACAACAAUUCCGUUAAUCUUGAACCGAAUCCGAAAUCUUUAGUUCUACCAAAUCCCCAAAACCUCCAAUCGAAAUAUACGGUAGAUGUUCUUCCCAACGUCGAACUUCCAGACGAUUCCCUCGCUGAUCCCGACCUUAGAGAUCACGAUUUCAUCGACAAUAUAAUGUACGUCUAUUACGGAUCUCAUACUAGAAAUAACGGAACGUACGGACCAGAAAUUAUAAUCAUAGGAUCAGUGUUGAGCUGUGCUGCUCAAUUACUUACUAUUUUCUGCGUUUUGCUCAAGAAGAACCAGCGCGGGGAGAGAAUGAUGACUUAUAUUUUUUUUCAAAUCUUAGGAACGUUCUGCAUAUCAAAUUUGAUAUUUAUGUUGGGAGUUUAUGCUACAAAAAGUGCAACAAAAUGUCUAAUAAUAUCACUAAUUUUGUACUUUUUACAUCUUAUGACUUCUGUUUGGCUGUGUCUCUAUUGUUUUUACAUAUACAAAAGAUUUUCGUCCGGAGGUAUUAUAAAAGAAAGGCAUUUAAAAGUUAAAUAUUUCAAUAUUGCCGCCUACGAUAUCCCUACUUUUUUAACAUUGGCAACGUAUUUUAUCGCGCCUAAUAGCUACGAAUCGAGAAGAUUUUGCUUCAUUUCGGUACAAAAAGGAAUGAUCCUUAACUACAUGUUUCCAGUUUCCUUAUUAAUAUUUCUUACGACGAUACAUUCUUUAAGCGGCAUCAGAAAAAUCAACAUGGAAUUAUGUAAAUUGGAAUUAAACAGUUCCGCUGAAUCUUUAAACGUCCUCAGAAACGAAUUGGAAAUGUUGAAAGAUAGAAAAGACGAUUGCCUGGACGAGGAAAUAAUAAGUUUGAGGGAAUCGAAAUCUUGCUUAAAACUACUUUGCCUCGUACAAACUGGAUAUGAUAUCGUUUGGUUUAUUGUCGUUUUGGCGUUGGAGAACGUCAACGAGAGCAGCGGGAUGGCGAUUAUAUACGCAAUUACGUCCUGUUUAUUGAACUGGUACAUAUUUAUUAAAAGAAAGAGUCUGAUGCCGACUCUUAGCGAUCUUCCUGACGACAUUGAAGAAGUUAUUGUACAAAAAGAUCAAACACACAUCGUUACAGCUUCGGCGAAUGUAUCUAGAAGAGGUUCUUCGGAUAGUAUUCCUUUACUUAAUUCUGACACUUGUACCGAAAUGCGAGAAUUAAGAUUAGAUCACAUAAGUACAAUAACUACAUAGAAAUUGACCAUGUUCCCAUAAAUAUAGUUUUGACAGUAUUUCUACUGAUACUUAUUUAAUACUAUUAAAAAGAGGAAAAUUAAUUACUUAGUUUUCUAUAAGUAAUUGUACUUUACGCUGUCAGGAAUGAAAAAAAAAAUUGAAUCAUUACUGUCAACAAGAAUGGAAGAAGACAAUAAGAACCAUAUAAACGGUCAUUUUACACAUUAACUUCCAUUUUUGUCCAUUUUGAAAUUAUUAUAGAUAUUUCAGUAGAUUAUCGAAUAAAUUAAUAUAUAUAUAUAUAUAUAUAUAUAAAUAUAGUCAUUUCAUCAUAUAUAAUUCAAAAAUAUAUUAGUUAAAAAUAACAAAACAUAUCGUGGGUUUAAUUGGUUGUGUACAUCAAUUUUUAAUAAUCAGUAAUUCCUCAUUUUUCUUAUACCUCUUCAGGUGUUGGAUAAGGGUUUCGGUCCCUCUUGUAGCUAUUUCUUCUUGGUCUCUAGUAUCUGUCUUUGUCCUUAACAAAUGUCCAUAGCAAUUUAUUAAUUUUUAUUCAAUUAUUUUAGUCCCUCUGUCUUUUCCAUCUUCCUCUAUUCCUCCUAUUUUCCCUUUUAACUUAAUAUCCAUUUCCUUCUUGGUCAAGGUUCCGUUUCCUUUUAAUCUAUCUGUCUUAAUUAAUAGCAAUUCAUUAAUCCACUUCAGGUGUUGGAUGAGGGUUUCGGUCCUUCUUCCCUGUCUUUGCUAUCUUCUUCAAUUCCUCUUCUUUUCCUUUUUAAUUUGAUAUCCUUUUCUAUCUUGGUUAAGGUUCCAGUCUCCAUUACAUUUCACUCUAAUCUAUCUGUCUCCAUUCUAUCCAUUUGUUAUUCAUUGGUUCCUGUUUUAUUACUAUUCCAUUGCAUUCAAUUUUAUACCACUACUUUUCUAGAUAUUCUAAAGUAUUUCAUUUCUAUUGGGUGUAUUUUUUUCUCAUCUUUCCUUCUAACUACUCAAUUUUCUGCUGGGUGUGUUUGGGAUUGGUGUUAAUAUCUAUUUUGUGUCCCCUUUAUUAUUUUAAUCAUUGUAUAGUUAAUUUUUGUCAACAUACUCCCAGGAUUUUGUCAUUAUUCUUUCUAAAAUCUCAACCCUGUCAAAAGCUGCAUAAUCAUUAGGUUUGAAAUGACAAAAUUUGACAGUUUUACCUACUUCAAGAGUUAACUCACCAAAUACCCUAACUGAUGUUAGCCCUCAUUGUUUCAUUUUAAUUUUUUCACCCCUUUGUUAUUUGCCUCCUACUUCAUUCUUUACUAUUUGUCUCCUAAUCUCUCCUAUUUACUAAUAGAUAAUUUCUUUAUUGUCAAAAAAGUACGGAUUUCAAUCUAAUUGAAUAUUUUUACUCAUACCACUUUAGAUUUGUAACAUUUUUUUGACUAAAUCACAUUUUAAACAUGUCGAAUAUAUAAGUAGUGCCAAAAUAAUAAUCAAAAUAAUGUAAAUAUUAUUCUUUCUCCAACUUGCUAUGUAUAGAUUCGAAUUUUUUAUAUUUCGUGUGAAAAAAUUUCUGAAAGAAAAUUGAUUCCUUUCAAUUAAGUGAGUAUAUUGCAUUAAUUUAAUAAGAACAAUAAAAAACUGUCUAGUUUAAUCAUAAAAAUUAAAUAAAUUUGUUUUAUUUUUCAAAAAUUGAAAAAUUUUUUGUAGUACAAAGUCAGAUUUAUUAUGAUUCUUCCGAAUAAACACCAGAUUACAAUAAAAUUAAGUUUUCUAUUGGUACAAAAUGUUAAAACUAUAUAUUACUUUACCUUCUUAUUCCCAUAACCAAGUUAUUAACAUAUUUUUAGCAGUAUUUUCCAGCAAAACUCCUGUGAAAAUACUCAAAAAGUUUCAUAUAUUAAAUAUUUUCAAAAAAUUUCGAUUUUUUUAAGUCUCUGAUCGUUUCCCUUUUCAAUGCCACAUCAAUAAUUAGUAGAUAUUUUGUCAUAUUGUAAUGAAGCUGGAUAGGUUAUCUGAUUCUACCUCUUGCCCUUUGCAUAUGAUUACGCAGUUAUCCAAUAUUAUUAUAUCUUCUUUUUCACUAUUAAAUAUAAAUUAUAUAGAAAACUAUUCUUGCACUUGUUCGCUCUAUAUAAUUACAAAAUCCGAUUCCGAUUUAGUUUAGGGACCAAUCGCAUGCGCACUUUAAAAAUUGUGUUUUGCGACGAUAAUUCUGAAAGUACGCGAACGACAAUAUUCAAAGUGCGCAUACGAUUGGUUCCUGAAUGGUUAGAAAUUUCACACGCGAACAAAGCUAAAGUACUUUAGAAUCGAUUUAUUAUAAUCGAUAGUAGAAGAAACGUAAAAUCUUUAUACGAAGUGGAAAGUUUAAGAACCCUGUCAAUAAAUGAUUAAAACUUGUGUGAUAAAGUGAAAAUAAUAAUUUUGCUGUGUACUAUAAAAAAUCCUUACAAAUAUAAACUAAUAAAUAUAUAAAAAUGUGAUUUUUGAAUCAUUUCUGUUUGUACAUGAACUGGAGGCGUCAAACGUUUGUGAUUUUUACAUUUAAGCGUAUAUAUAUUUUUGUGAACAUACUAUACUUUUUCCAAGUAAAAGUAAACACGAAUUCUAAAUAAAUAAAUAAGGUUUUAUUGAAUUUUUAAAUUAUACUGACCAUGUCUUCGAUAGAAGCAAGAAAAUUUAUUUAAAAAUAAAAAGGAUUCAUAUUGAACUGAUCAAAAUAUACAGUAGUUGAAAUUUUGAUCGCUAAUUUUAAAUCUCUAAUCAUAAAUUAUAAAUGAAAUGAGUAACAAAAGAGGAUCAAGAAAGAGAUGAAAUUAAAAGGGAAUUGAGUGAAUACAAAAGAAUAAUUGAGGAUAUUCAAUUGUAUGUAAAUGGAAACUGAACCUAUAUUAAAUCAACUGCAGGACUAGUUGGUGAGGAAUUAAUUUUUCUAAAAGAAAUUAUUGAUAAGAGCCAAAAACUAUCAACAUUUUUAUUACUUCCACUCUUAUUUGGAUAAUAAUAGGUUUAGAUAGUUUUGUUGUAUUUUUUUAUGAAUUUGUACUGCGAAUAGAUUUUUUAAUAUCAAGUUCAGUGAAACUAUUUUUAAAAAAAUUUCUUGCAAACGAUUGUUCUCAUUCUAUUGACAUCGGCCUAUAACAGUAUUAAUGUAGGUUGUAGGUAUUUAUUCCGAAGCACAAAAUGAUCGUACUUAGGAGAAAUUGUAGGAAUAUGUUGAUUCCAGUAUUUAUCUGGUAUUUGAAUAUAAUAAAUAAAUGUUGUUGAGCUCUUGAAAA